AUGGAUUCCAAGGAACAACAACAUGAUUCUGAACCUUCCACACUCCGUGAGGAUAGCAACGUCCCAACAGCCUCGCCGAAUGCCCCAUCUUCAGAGAAACAGCAAAAUGAUUCACAGCUCCCCGCACCGCUAAAUGGGGUUUUUAUGGCGUGGCUACAAGUUGCUGGGGCCUGGACGAUCAUGUUCAACGUCCUUGGCUUGCUCAACUCAUAUGGUCAGUUUCAAAACAUCUAUGAGACGGAUCUUCUUAAGAAUGAGUCUGCUUCGACAAUCUCAUGGAUUGGCUCGGCGCAGUUCCUCGUCUGCUACCUCGUCUGCAUUUUCACCGGUCCGCUUCUGGAUACAGGACACCUCCACCUCCUUCUCGGCAUUGGGACCCUGGUCACUGUCUUCGGCUUAAUGAUGGUUAGCUUGUGCCAUUCAUACUACCAGUUCUUUUUGGCCCAGACCAUCGUGACUGGCAUUGGCUUUGGUCUUAUCUUCUUGCCGGCUUCGUCAGUCGUGUCGCAGUGGUUUUCUACUCGCACUCCUCUCGCAAUCGGAAUCUCGGUGAGUGGAUCAAGUAUUGGUGCUAUAAUAUAUCCCAUACUGCUUCAACGCCUUACGGGACAGAUUGGGUUUCCAUGGACGGUACGUAUCAUGGGCUUCAUGGUCCUUGGUACCAUGCUCUUCGCCGCUGCCGUGAUGCGAGUGCGGGUUGGGGAGAAUCCACGAAAGAGAAAAGUUAUCGACCUCACACAUUUCAAGGACAAGCUCUACCUCAUUGCUUGUCUGAGCUUCUUCGUCAAUUUCCUGGGGCUCUAUGUUUUCUAUUACUAUAUCUCCCUCUAUGCCACCGAAGUGGCCGGUACUGACCAGAGUCUUGCCAAUUAUCUCCUUGCCAUCCUGAACGCCGGGUCCUUUUUAGGCCGUCUCAUCCCCAACUGGAUCGCCGGGCGCUAUGGACUCAUGAAUGUGCAGAUUAUCUUCGGAGUCAUUUCCAGCGCCUUGGCUUUUGCUCUCUUGGGCAUUAAGACCACAGGCGGCGUCGUUGCAUUCACUGUCGUCUACGGUUUUGUCUCCGCCCCUUACGUAUCUCUUCCGAUCCCGAUAGUGACGAGCCUAUCCCCCGAUAAGAGUGUCUGGGCAACACGAUUGGGAAUGAGUUUUGCCAUCAUUGGCCUCGGUGCACUCAUCGGCAGUCCUGUGGCGGGUGCUAUUCUGGGGGACAGCAAUAAUAGGAACUGGGCCGGCCUGAUUGUUUGGUGUGGAGUCAUGUUCAUCGUUUCCACCGCCAUUCUCACCACUGUGCGUACUAUGAAAGUGGGGUUCAAGCUCUUCGUGAAAGCCUGA